GUGAUUCUGUAAUUAGACUUCCGUAGUUCUACGUGCACCAAACAGUCGGCUGUUGGACAUGGCGACUAACGGACUGAUCUUCCUUCUCUGUCUGCUGUCCUACGCGGCGGCCCAGCGGUGGCGUGGUGACGGCCGCUGCGGCCCGAACUACCCCGCCCCGAGCGCCACCCCGGGGGAGUGUAACCCCGCCUCGGCGGACCCCUGCUGCUCAGAGUGGGGCUGGUGUGGGCAUGAGACCGGCCACUGUGACUGCGCUCUCUGUGUGGACUACUCAGCUGGCGGUUCCGUCCCGGCCGGAAGCCUGUCGGGAAGCUGCCCCCGGAUCGUGACUCGGUCGGAGUGGGGCGCACGGUCCAGCAACUGGGUCCAGUACAUCAGCCGGCCCGUCCCGAAGGUUGUGAUCCACCACUCCACGGGCGGGACGUGCAGCGACCAGGCCUCCUGCUCAGCCAAGGUCCGAGGCUUCCAGAACUAUCACAUGGACUCCAACGGUUGGGGAGAUAUCGGUUACAACUUCCUGGUCGGUAACGAUGGCAACGUGUACGAAGGGCGUGGCUGGGACCAGGUGGGCGCGCAUGCGUAUGGUCAGAAUCACGUAUCCAUCGGGAUUUGCUUCAUCGGAGAAUUCACCAAUCAGAAGCCGAACUCCGCCGCCAUCCGCGCUGCCAAGAACCUCAUCUCCUGUGGGAUUUCUCUGGGUAAGAUCAGCUCGACCUACUCUCUGUACGGACACCGUGACAUGGGCUCCACAGCCUGCCCUGGGAACCAGCUGUAUGACGACAUCAAGACCUGGGGACGAUACGUCUUUUGUGUCGGCACUAUUGUUCCAGGAGGUCAGAUCCACGUCACAGUCGGACAGAGACAACAUGUCCCUCCGGGCGGCUCAGUCAUCCUCCCCUGUAACUACUCCCUACCGUCCGACGAUGUCCGGCCGCUGGUCAGCUGGUGGAAGGACAGAGGGCUCGUACUGACCAGACGGAUCGUGUACGAACACCGGGCCGGACAGUACAGUAAGGCGUAUGACGAGUGGGAGGGGAGGGCCGUGCUCCUCAGACAGGCGUCCCUACAGAUAACCAACCUGACUACAAACGACACCGGGAAGUACGAGUGUGAGAUCCGGGUUCCUCUGCAGUACGGGGCGGCCCGGGGAUUCAUCAACCUGGACGUUAGAGGUUUUCCGGAAAAGGGAGAAGGCACGGCUGUAGACCUGUAUCCCCAAAUAGAAGCGGUUCGUUCUGACCUGAACACAACUGUUGGGGAAACAGUGGAAAUGGAAUUCUUAUAUGGAGUACCUGUCAACUCCUCUGAGAGGGAUGUGGUCAAAACCAUAUACAAGUUAAAGCACGGUCACACUCCUCCGCGAGAGAACGUGUGUGAGAUUUUAUCUAAAGGGUCGAACUGUAGCGGACAGUACCAGACCCGCGCCCGCCUGGAGGAGAAAGCUUGGGACUCCGAUGACCAGUCGUCGUUCAGGAGAGGUUUGCUGGUCUUAACGUUGGAGAAUGUGGUGUUGUCUGACGAGGCGGUUUACGAAGGGGAGGUGAGAGUAGAACGGAGAGGUUACAACCAGUCCAGAGUGUCCAUAACAGUGGCAGACGUUCCCUGGUGCCCUUACCGGUCAUGUCCAGACGGAGAGUGGUUAGAGUGCCAAACAGAUACAGACAUGGUGUGUUCAUGUAGCUGCCGCCCCGAAUGCACCACGUGCGCACCGUGCACCGUGGUCCCAGGAGGUCAGAUCCACGUCACAGUCGGACAGAGACAACAUGUCCCUCCGGGCGGCUCAGUCAUCCUCCCCUGUAACUACUCCCUACCGUCCGACGAUGUCCGGCCGCUGGUCAGCUGGUGGAAGGACAGAGGGCUCGUACUGACCAGACGGAUCGUGUACGAACACCGGGCCGGACAGUACAGUAAGGCGUAUGACGAGUGGGAGGGGAGGGCUGUGCUCCUCAGACAGGCGUCACUACAGAUCAGCAACCUCACUACAAACGACACCGGGAAGUACGAGUGUGAGAUCCGGGUUCCUCUGCAGUACGGGGCGGCUCGGGGAUUCAUCAACCUGGACGUUAGUGUUUAUGGAGGUAAAAACAACCCUUUAGGUAAACUACAGACAGGAUUCAUUGCCGGCGGUGGGGUAGUGUUCAUAUUGGCCACAGCCGCCAUACUGACUCGCAUGCUACGUAAUAGGAAAAUGAACACUUCGGCACCGAAAUAUGACAGACAAGUUAACAUGUAGUUGUACAGACCAGGAUUGG